CUUUAUCACCCUAAAGCACAACAAAAAGCAUACCCAAGCAGAUCAGAAAACUCGGAUCUUAAGGCAUCAUUUCACCCCUCAGCCCCAGGAGUGUUGCCCUCCCCACAUGCAGCAGGUGACAGGGGAGGGGGAUCCACGAUUUUUCACAGAGGUGAAUCUUGGUGUUUUGGAGAUUUAUUGCAAAGAAGGUUUGUGUUUUGAGUUUUUGCAGGGUCUGAAUCUUUGUCUUUUGGAGGGGGGUUCUGCUGAAUGUUGCUGUUUGGGGCUGUUUUGAUUUAUGUCUCGAAUAUCUGGAGGAUUUGCAGUUUGGGUCUAGGUGUUUAGGAGCUUCUUGCAGGCACAAGAUGUCCAGUGAUUUGCUGAGAUGAACUUGGGCACAGAGGAAUUCCCAGCCCAACGUCCUCUCAUCUUGUUUUUUCCCCCAAACCAAGGUUUGUCAUUCCUAAGGCGAUGGCGGAUUGAGGAGGAGGAAAAGCCCCAGAGACCUCUUACGAGGAGGGGCUGCACACCCAGCCCUGAGCACUUUGAGGAGGAAAGACACUCCCUGAGCCAGGAAGGUGGCCGGAGAUCCAGGCAGGCCUCAGAGCUGGUGGAGAAGCCUCAUGGAGGGGAGAAGCCCCACAAGUGCUUGGAAUGUGGGAGGGGUUUCACCCGGAGCUCCCAUCUGAUCCGGCAUCAGGUUGUCCACACUGGGCAGAAGCCCUAUGAGUGUGGACAAUGUGGGAAGGGAUUCAGAUACAGCUCUGGUCUGAUGCAGCACCAGGUGAUCCACACUGGGGAGCAGCCCUACACCUGCUUGGAAUGUGGGAAGAACUUUGGGGUCAGAUCCAACCUGAGAAGCCACCAGCGCAUCCACACUGGGGAAAGGCCCUAUGAGUGUCCUGAGUGUGGGAAGAGGUUUCAGACCAGGUCCAAUCUCCUCCUACAUGAGCGGAUUCACACAGAGGAGAGGCCCUUCCGCUGCCCCGACUGCGGGAAGGGAUUCAAUCGCAAUGACAACCUCACUGUCCACCGGCGCAUCCACACUGGGGAGAGGCCCUACGAGUGUCCUGAGUGUGGGAAGAGCUUCUCACAGAGCUGUAACUUGACCCGACACCAACAGAGGCACCACUAAGGGAAGCCCUGUGAGUGCCCCGAGUGUGGGAAGAGCUUCGUGCUCUGCUUCAGCUCCAUCCCCCAUGGGAGGAUCGGUGUUGGAUGAUCCCCAGUGACCCCCAUUGGGCAGAGCCCUGGUGAUCCGUGGUUGUGAUGAUCCCUAUUGGGUUGGGGGAAGGGGUUGUAGAUAUUUCUCUCCCUUCACCUUGUCCUGCUUUGAUUUGGUUGGUAAUAAAUUCCCUCCCUGUGCCCGGGCCGGAUCUGUUGUUCCUGUGCUGGUGUUCAGGGCAGGAUCUCUCCUGUUCCUUCUCUCAACUCCCGCGCCUCUCCUCAGCCAAUCAGAAAAUGCAAUGAAGAUCCAGUCAAUCCGGUAGAGGAGCUCCAAGUCCAUCCUCAUUGCUACCCACUAAAAGGGACUGGGUCUAACUGGGAAGCUUUAUUGGGAGCACUGGGAGAAACUGGGCUGCGGCAGAGUUACAGUGGGGCUGGGGGUGGACACACACCAUUC